AGACGCUGAAAAGCCCAAAUAAUCUCCUGCAUAGAAGCAGGGUGCUGCUCCGAGUGCAGUUUUCACCCAGACGUCAUUUUUAAAGGAUUAACACCCUUUGCACUGCUUGACACUUGUGUAGUUUUUUUUAAUAGCCAUCUCCAGAAACGUCAACAUCGUGAGAAGACGUGCAGAAAGACCUCGAAGCGUGUUCCAGGUUCAAGUUUGUGCGAGAACACAACACAUGUGUGCAUCAGAGACCAGGUCAGACUGAUUUAUCACGUCGAAGAUUUCCAAACACGGAGUCCUUUUUGAACACAGACGAAGUGUUUUGUUUUCUUUAUUGAAUGAGCAGUCGGGUGUUUGGCAGCCCUUGGUAACCCUUAAAGGGGAGACAUGGCCCAUCAUUUGCAGGACCGUCAGCACAGGCUGCCAGUGGCUCAGGCCACUGUGUUGACUUUGCCACCAGCCAGCCAAGCAAAGGAUAUGAGGCCUGGCUGGUCCGCUGUGGAAUCCCUGUUAUGUGGUGCGUUUGCCGGAGCUGUCGCCAAAACAGUUAUUGCUCCUCUGGAUCGCACCAAAAUAAUUUUCCAAGUGUCCUCAAAGAGAUUCUCAGCUAAGGAGGCUUUCAGGGUCAUUUACUCUACAUACAUGGAGGGUGGGCUGUUCAGUCUGUGGAGGGGAAACUCUGCGACCAUGGUGAGGGUCAUGCCCUAUGCUGCCAUCCAGUUCUGCUCACAUGAACAGUACAAAAGACUGCUGGGGAGCUGCUACGGCUUCCAGGGCAAAGCUCUGCCUCCUUUUCCACGUUUCCUGGCUGGGUCUCUGGCUGGUACAACUGCUGCUAUGCUUACCUAUCCACUAGACAUGGUACGAGCCAGGAUGGCAGUGACUGCCAGAGAAAUGUACAGUAACAUCAUGCAUGUCUUUGUGCGGAUCUCCCAGGAGGAGGGUGUCAGGACACUUUACCGAGGCUUCACCCCCACUAUUUUAGGUGUUAUCCCAUAUGCAGGAAUUACUUUCUUUACCUACGAGACCCUCAAAAAAUUACAUUCAGAGAAGACAAAGCGAUCCCAGCCUUACCCUUAUGAGCGCUUGGCCUUCGGUGCCUGUGCAGGCCUGAUUGGACAGUCGGCUUCGUACCCCCUGGAUGUGGUACGUCGGCGCAUGCAGACAGCCGGAGUUACCGGUUCGUCCUACAGCACCAUUCUGGGAACCAUGCAUGAGAUCGUGACUCACGAGGGAGUUAUACGCGGACUGUACAAAGGCCUGAGCAUGAACUGGGUGAAAGGGCCCGUUGCAGUGGGGAUAAGUUUCACCACAUUCGACAUUACGCACAACCUUCUGCUCAAAUUGCACCAGAUGGGCAACUUUAUCCACUGAAUCAUGUGGGAACAACAUAGGCGUAACAUAUGGCACAGAUGAGACUGGCAUAAGAGAGGUUGUCAGGUCUGUGGGAUGGCAAUAAUAUGUCUCUGGCCUCUGCAGGACUAUUGUGUUGCACACCCCUGUUCCCUUAAGGCAGGAUGUCAGAAGAGUGGACAGGAGAUCUGCUGUUCACACAGAUAGGCUUUAUCUCAGACUUUGAAAAAUGCACAGAAAAUAUUCACUUUCAAAGAAAGUGAAGAGACAAAAAAGUAUUUUGAAAUUGUUCACACAAUCUUAGCUUUGUUGUGAAAUCAUAAUACCUUUGUGAAGGUUAAAGCAGUGAACAGCCAGGUGUGUUUUUGAUUGCAUCGGUAUGGAGAAAAUCUUUGACCCAUUAUCAAUACAGAGAACACAAUGAGUUUGAAACCUUUAAAUUAGGAGACAAAUUUUGAUUUUAAGUAAGCACUUUCAUUUCGUUAAUAUUAAAUAGCCUGAUUCGGUAAGGUAUUGUUUGUAAUGAAGGGUGAGUACCCAGUGUUCUUUGUCUUUGAAUUUCAUGAAAUUGUGUAACUGUGCCAAUGUUGACUGAUGGAGUGAAAGUGGGUGAUCAUGUCAGCAGGACUGUGCAGUUUCACUUUCCAUGCAACACUGAGGUGCAGUGAAUUUAUAGUACUUAUGUCUAAUAAGUGGACGUUAAUCAAACCUUAAACCUAAACAAAAGACAGAUUUUGGGGUUAUUUGCAUGUUCUUGACAUUUCUGCUUUUUUACUCUACUGUUGUCACAUUGCUUGUACUUGCUUGUAAAGCAUUGUUUACUCAGAAUCUAAACAUAACACACUUAACUUGGUCUUCUUCUUUUCUUUUUUUUUAAAUGAAAAUAAAUAAAACAGUAAAUGGAUAUUUCAAAGAUGGAUCAUAUCUGAUGUAAAUUUAGUUCUUUUGUGUGUGUGUGUGUGUUUUUGUUUUGUUUUUGUUUUGUUUUGUUUUGUUUUUUGUUUUUUUUUAAAGAUUGUCUUUCCAUUAAAGGGUCCAUCCACACCACUAAGCAAUGAAUCCCUUUGUCCACUUGAGGGGGCCAUGUACCAAGCAAAGCUAACAGUGCUGUCAUCAGCAUUCAAGAGCAGAUUUAAAUCACUGAUGUUCAAUCAGUUUUACAUGGCUGAAGAAAAGCCUUCACUAAUGGUUGUACUACCAAUAAAAUGCUUUUUGAUUGUCAUAAGUGUUUUGUUUACAUUGGGUUCCUCAAAGACUGGUCUAUUGUGUCACUUGUCAAAGUUUAAAUAGACUUAAAAACACUUAUUGGACAUUUCAGGUACACCUUACUGGACUCUCUCUGCCUUCAGAACUGCUUUAAUUAUGGUGCAGGUUCAAAAAGGCCCUGGAAACAUUCCUCACAGAUUUUGGUCCAUAUUGAUAAGUUGCUGCAGAUUUGUCCGCUGCACAUCCAUUAUACAAAUCUUUGGUUCCACCACAUCCAAAAGGUGCUUUAUCAGAUUGAGAUCUGGUGACUGUGUAUGUGAUUUGAAUAAAGAGAACUCAUUGUCAUUUGAGAUGAUUUG